GAGCAGUUCACCGAUGCUGUUGUGUCCUGGCUCAAUCAGAACUCGAACGGCCUUGUCUUCCUGCUCUGGGGCUCUUAUGCUCAGAAGAAAGGCAGUGCCAUUGAUAGGAUUUUGUGAAUGAUCCUGCUUCUUUUUCUAUCUUAUCUGAUUUUCUCCUGCCUGAUCUUUUCCUGGUUAAAAAGCUGGGGGAAAAUGACGGACCCCAAGGAAGUCACCAAGAGUAAAUUGAAGGUGAGCUUCAUCACAAGUCAGGAGCCUCUUCCAGCCUCUUCCAGCUCCAGGGAGCCACUGCAGGAAAAUUGCAGCAGCAGCUCUCUGCCAGAGACCCCUGACCAGGCUGAGCCAGCCUCCCACGAAGGUCCCAAAGACACCUGCCAGCAAAGAAACUCCCAGCCACCCCUGCUGCAGAAUCCCCAAGGAAACCCCCUUUCCUCCGAUGACCCCUUCCCAACAUGCCAAGCUAACAGGACAGAGAACGAAGGCCUGGAGACCCCAAAUACCAGUGGCCCGUCCGUGCUAGCCAGACCCCAGGGCCAGCGAGCCAGAACCCUCUCCAAAGAAGACAGGAAGCGGGCGCACAUCAAGAAGCAACUGAUGACCAACUUCAUCCUGGGCUCUUUUGACGACAACUCUUCCGAUGAGGACUCUGGCACUGGCUUGUUCAGAGAAUCUUCCCGGAAGGGCAGCCGCGCCAGCCUGGGGACCCUGUCCCUGGAGGCUGCUCAGACCGCAGGCGAGACUGAGACCCCUGUCCCCACUAUAAGGCCCAGCAUGUCCGGACUCCACCUGGCGAGAAGAGGCCGAGAACAGAAGAAGCCGGACCUGCACAGAGACUUUACCGUGGCUUCCCCUGCCGAGUUCGUCGUGCGCUUUGGGGGGGAUCGGGUCAUCGAGAAGGUGCUCAUCGCCAACAAUGGUAUCGCCGCCGUGAAAUGCAUGCGCUCCAUCCGCAGGUGGGCCUAUGAGAUGUUCCGAAACGAGCGGGCCAUCCGGUUUGUAGUCUUGGUAACCCCCGAGGACCUCAAAGCCAACGCAGAGUAUAUCAAGAUGGCAGAUCAGUACGUCCCCGUCCCAGGAGGGCCCAACAACAACAAUUAUGCCAACGUGGAGCUGAUUGUGGACAUUGCCAAGAGGAUCCCCGUGCAGGCGGUGUGGGCUGGCUGGGGCCAUGCUUCUGAAAACCCCAAACUUCCGGAGCUCCUGCACAAGCACGAGAUUGCUUUCUUAGGCCCUCCCAGCGAGGCCAUGUGGGCAGUGGGAGACAAGAUCGCCUCCACCAUCGUGGCCCAGACGCUGCAGAUCCCAACGCUGCCCUGGAGCGGAAGCGGUCUGACGGUGGAGUGGACAGAAGAUAGUCUGCAGCAGGGGCAAAGGAUCAGCGUCCCAGAGUACAUUUACAACGAUGGUUGCGUGAAAGAUGUCGAUGAGGGCUUGGAGGCAGCAGAAAAAAUUGGUUUUCCCUUGAUGAUCAAAGCUUCUGAAGGCGGUGGAGGGAAAGGCAUCCGGAAGGUGGAGACUGCUGAGGACUUCCCAAUACUUUUCAGACAAGUGCAGAGCGAGAUCCCCGGCUCCCCAGUCUUUCUCAUGAAGCUGGCCCAGCACGCCCAUCACCUGGAGGUCCAGCUCCUCGCUGACCAGUAUGGGAACGCCGUGUCCUUGUUUGGGCGCGACUGUUCCAUCCAGCGGAGGCAUCAGAAGAUCAUAGAGGAGGCGCCGGCCACCAUUGCCACGCCAGCCGUGUUCGAGAUCAUGGAGCAGUGUGCCGUGCGCCUGGCCAAGACCGUGGGCUACGUGAGUGCGGGGACCGUUGAAUACCUCUACAGCCAGGAUGGCAGCUUCCACUUCUUGGAGCUGAAUCCCCGCCUGCAGGUGGAACAUCCCUGCACGGAAAUGAUCGCCGAUGUCAACCUGCCGGCCGCCCAGCUACAGAUCGCCAUGGGCGUGCCUCUGCACCGGCUGAAGGAUAUCCGGCUUCUCUAUGGAGAGUCCCCAUGGGGGGUGACGCCCAUUUCUUUUGAGACCCCUUCCAACCCUCCCAUCGCCCGAGGCCACGUCAUUGCGGCCAGAAUCACCAGCGAAAACCCAGAUGAGGGGUUUAAGCCGAGCUCUGGAACGGUCCAGGAGUUGAAUUUCCGCAGCAGCAAGAACGUGUGGGGUUAUUUCAGCGUGGCUGCCACUGGAGGCUUACAUGAAUUUGCCGAUUCCCAGUUUGGGCACUGCUUCUCCUGGGGAGAGAACCGGGAAGAGGCCAUUUCGAACAUGGUGGUGGCUCUGAAGGAACUCUCCAUCCGGGGCGACUUCAGGACCACCGUGGAAUAUCUCACCAACCUCCUGGAGACCGAGAGCUUCCAGAACAACGACAUUGACACCAGCUGGUUGGAUAAUCUCAUCGCCGAGAAAGUGCAGGCCGAGAAGCCGGAUAUCAUGCUCGGGGUGGUGUGCGGAGCCUUGAACGUGGCCGACUCGAUGUUCAGGACCUGCAUGACGGAUUUCUUACACUCGCUGGAGAGGGGCCAGGUCCUCCCCGCAGACUCUCUGCUGAACAUUGUGGAUGUAGAAUUAAUCUACGGAGGCGUUAAAUACAUCCUCAAGGUGGCCCGGCAGUCUCCAACCAUGUUCGUCCUCAUCAUGAACGGCUGUCACAUCGAGAUCGACGCCCACCGGCUGAACGACGGGGGGCUGCUGCUGUCCUACAGUGGCAGCAGCUACACCACGUACCUGAAGGAGGAGGUCGACAGUUACCGAAUCACCAUCGGCAACAAGACGUGUGUGUUUGAGAAGGAGAAUGAUCCCACGGUCCUGAGAGCCCCUUCGACGGGGAAGCUGAUACAGUACAUGGUGGAGGACGGGGACCACAUCGAGGCUGGGGGCAGCUAUGCUGAGAUAGAGGUGAUGAAGAUGAUCACGACCCUGAAUGUGCAGGAAAGUGGCCGGGUGAAGUACGUCAAGCGCCCAGGGGCUGUGUUGGAAGCAGGCUGUGUGGUGGCCAGGCUGGACCUCGAUGACCCUUCUAAAGUGCACCCGGCUGAGCCAUUCACGGGAGAGCUCCCCUCCCAACCGACGCUGCCCAUCCUCGGAGAGAAACUGCACCAGGUUUUUCGCAGUGUCCUGGAAAAUCUGAGGAACAUCAUGAAGGGCUACUGUCUGCCGGAGCCUAUUUUUAGCAUCAAGCUGAAGGACUGGGUGCAGAAGCUCCUGAUGACCCUGCGGCACCCAACGCUGCCACUGCUGGAUCUGCAGGAGAUCAUGACCAGCGUGUCGGGCCGCAUCCCCGCCCCCGUGGAGAAGGCUGUCCGCAGGGUGAUGGCCCAGUACGCCAGCAACAUCACCUCGGUGCUGUGCCAGUUCCCCAGCCAGCAGAUAGCCACCAUCCUGGACUGCCAUGCGGCCACCCUGCAGCGGAAGGCCGAUCGGGAGGUCUUCUUCAUGAACACCCAGAGCAUUGUGCAGCUGGUCCAGAAAUACCGCAGUGGGACCCGGGGCUACAUGAAGGCGGUGGUGUUGGAUCUCCUGCGAAGAUAUUUGCUGGUUGAGCACCAUUUCCAACAAGCCCACUACGACAAGUGUGUGAUAAACCUCAGGGAGCAGCUGAAACCAGACAUGUCCCAGGUGUUGGACUGCAUCUUCUCCCACGCGCAGGUGGCCAAGAAGAACCAGCUGGUGAUCAUGUUGAUCGAUGAGCUCUGUGGCCCAGACCCUUCCCUGUCAGAUGAGCUGACCUCCAUCCUCAGCGAGCUCACUCAGCUGAGCAAAAGCAAGCACUGCAAAGUGGCCCUCAGAGCCAGGCAGGUCCUGAUUGCCUCCCACCUCCCCUCCUAUGAGCUGAGGCACAACCAGGUGGAGUCCAUUUUCCUGUCUGCCAUCGACAUGUAUGGCCACCAGUUCUGCCCGGAAAACCUCAAGAAAUUAAUACUCUCAGAAACGACCAUAUUUGACGUCCUGCCCACUUUCUUCUAUCAUGCUAACAAAGUCGUCUGCAUGGCAUCCUUGGAGGUUUAUGUGCGGAGGGGCUACAUCGCCUACGAGUUAACCAGCCUGCAGCACCGGCAGCUCCGGGACGGCACCUGCGUGGUGGAAUUCCAGUUCAUGCUGCCCUCCUCCCACCCAAACCGGAUGGCCGUACCCAUCAGCAUCACCAACCCUGAACUGCUGAGGCACAGCACGGAGCUCUUCAUGGACAGUGGCUUCUCCCCCAAGUCCCAGCGGAUGGGGGCCAUGGUUGCCUUCCAGAGAUUCGAGGAUUUCACCAGGAACUUUGAUGAGGUCAUUUCCUGCUUUGCCAACGUGCCUAAGGACGUUCCUCUCUUCAGCAAGGCCCGUACUUCCCUGUACUCCGAGGAUGACAGCAAGAGCCUCCGAGAAGAGCCGAUCCACAUCCUGAACGUGGCCAUCCAGUACGCAGACUACCUGGAGGACGAGCAGCUGGUGCCUGUUUUCCGGACAUUCGUUCAGUCCAAGAAAAACAUCCUUGUGGAGUAUGGACUCCGGAGAAUUACGUUCCUGAUUGCCCAAGAGAAAGAAUUUCCCAAGUUUUUCACAUUCAGAGCAAGAGACGAGUUUGCAGAAGAUCGCAUUUACCGUCACUUGGAGCCGGCCCUGGCCUUCCAGCUGGAGCUCAGCCGGUUGCGUAACUUUGACAUAACUGCCAUGCCCUGCGCCAACCACAAGAUGCAUUUGUACCUGGGCGCUGCCAGAGUGAAAGAGGGCGCAGAGGUCACGGACCACAGGUUCUUCAUCCGCGUCAUCAUCAGGCAUUCGGACCUGAUCACCAAGGAAGCCUCCUUCGAGUACCUGCAGAACGAAGGCGAGCGGCUGCUUCUGGAGGCCAUGGACGAGCUGGAGGUGGCGUUCAACAACACCAGCGUGCGCACCGACUGCAACCACAUCUUCCUCAACUUCGUGCCCACCGUCAUCAUGGACCCCUCUAAGAUUGAGGAGUCAGUGCGGUCCAUGGUGAUGCGCUACGGCAGCCGGUUGUGGAAACUCCGCGUGCUCCAGGCUGAGGUCAAGAUCAACAUCCGCCAGACCACCACCGACCGCGCCGUUCCCAUCCGCCUGUUCAUCACCAACGAGUCAGGCUACUACCUGGACAUCAGCCUCUACAAAGAAGUGACCGACCCCAGAUCUGGAAACAUCAUGUUUCACUCCUUCGGCAACAAACAAGGGCCCCAGCACGGGAUGCUGAUCAAUACUCCCUACGUCACCAAGGAUCUGCUCCAGGCUAAGCGAUUCCAGGCCCAGUCCCUGGGUACCACCUAUGUGUAUGACUUCCCGGAAAUGUUCAGGCAGGCUCUUUUUAAAAUGUGGGGUUCCCCGGACAAGUACCCCAAAGACAUCCUGACAUACACCGAACUAGUGCUGGACCCGCAGGGCCAGCUGGUGGAGAUGAACCGACUUCCUGGAGGAAAUGAGGUGGGCAUGGUGGCCUUCAAAAUGAGGUUUAAGACCCUUGAGUACCCAGAAGGGCGCGACGUUAUCCUCAUCAGCAAUGACAUCACCUUCCGGAUAGGAUCCUUUGGCCUUGGAGAAGACCUUCUGUACCUGCGGGCAUCCGAGAUGGCCCGGGCAGAGGGCAUCCCCAAAAUCUACCUCGCUGCCAACAGUGGGGCCCGUAUCGGCCUUGCAGAGGAGAUCAAACACAUGUUCCAGGUGGCUUGGGUGGACCGGGAAGACCCCCACAAGGGAAUUAAAUACCUGUACCUGACUCCCCAAGACUACACCACAGUCAGCUCCCUGAACUCCGUCCAUUGUAAACACGUCGAGGAAGAAGGAGAAUCCAGGUAUGUCAUCACGGAUAUCAUUGGGAAGGAGGAUGGCCUGGGCGUAGAGAACCUGAGGGGCUCAGGCAUGAUUGCUGGGGAGACCUCCCUGGAUUAUGAUGAGAUUGUCACCAUCAGCUUGGUGACCUGCCGAGCCCUUGGGAUCGGGGCCUACCUGGUGAGGCUGGGCCAGCGAGUGAUCCAGGUGGAGAAUUCCCACAUCAUCCUGACAGGGGCAAUGGCUCUCAACAAGGUCCUGGGCAGAGAGGUUUACACAUCCAACAACCAGCUGGGCGGCGUGCAGAUCAUGCAUUACAAUGGUGUCUCCCAUGUCACCGUGCCGGAUGACUUCGAGGGUGUUUGUACCAUCCUGGAGUGGCUGUCCUAUAUGCCAAAGGAUAAUCGCAGCCCUGUCCCAAUCAUCACACCCACUGACCCCAUUGACAGAGAGAUUGAAUUCCAGCCAUCUCGCUCACCCUAUGACCCCCGGUGGUUGCUUGCAGGAAGGCCUCACCCAACCCUGAAGGGAUCCUGGCAGAGUGGAUUCUUCGACCAGGGCAGUUUCAAGGAAAUCAUGGUGCCCUGGGCCCAGACCGUGGUCACGGGACGAGCAAGGCUGGGGGGGAUCCCCGUCGGAGUGAUCGCUGCAGAGACACGGACAGUGGAGUUGGCUGUGCCCGCGGACCCUGCCAACCUGGAUUCCGAGGCCAAGAUAAUCCAGCAGGCCGGCCAGGUGUGGUUCCCAGACUCGGCCUACAAGACGGCGCAGGCCAUCCAGGAUUUCAACCGGGAGAAGUUGCCCCUCAUGAUCUUUGCCAACUGGAGGGGCUUCUCCGGUGGCAUGAAAGACAUGUACGACCAGGUGCUGAAGUUUGGAGCCUACAUUGUGGAUGGCCUCCGGAAGUACAAACAGCCUGUCCUGAUCUACAUCCCGCCCUGCGCGGAGCUCCGGGGAGGCUCCUGGGCGGUCAUGGACACCUCCAUCAACCCACUGUGCAUAGAAAUAUACGCGGACAGAGAGAGCAGAGCGAGUGUUCUGGAGCCAGAGGGAACAGUGGAGAUUAAGUACCGGAAGAAAGAUCUGGUAAAGACCAUGAGAAGAAUCGACCCAAUUUACCAGAAGCUUGUGGAACAGCUAGGAAUGUCUGAGCUCUCCGACAAGCACCGCAAGGAGCUGGAGGGCCAGCUGAAGGCCCGGGAGGACCUGCUGCUGCCCAUCUACCACCAGGUGGCGGUGCAGUUCGCCGACCUCCACGACAAGCCCAGCAGGAUGUUGGAGAAGGGUACCAUCUCUGACAUCCUGGAUUGGAAGACCGCCCGCACCUUCCUGUACUGGCGUCUGCGUCGCCUGCUGCUGGAGGACCAGGUCAAGCAGGAGGUCCUGCAGGCCUGCAGCGACCUCAGCCACGUGCACGUCCAGUCCAUGCUGCGCCGCUGGUUCAUGGAGAUGGAGGGGGCCGUCAAGGCCUACCUGUGGGACAACAACCAGACGGCAGUGCAGUGGCUGGAGCAGCACUGGCAGGCGGGAGAGGGGCUGCGCUCCACCAUCCGCGAGAACAUAGAGUACUUGAAGCGAGACUCUGUCCUCAAGACCAUCCGAGGCCUGGUUCAAGAAAACCCCGAGGUGGCCGUGGACUCCGUGGUGUACAUAUGUCAGCACGUCAGCCCGGCCGAGCGGGCCCAGAUCAUUCACCUCCUGUCCACCAUGGACAGCCCGGCCUCCACCUGACCCCGGUCCUGCUGGCCACUUGCAGGUCCACGGGCAAGAGAAACCGCACGGAUCUGCUGACUGCAGGCCCUCGCCUGCACCUUGGGAAUUCGCUUUUUAAAACUGCUGCAAGGCUGCUGACCCCCAAGUCGCUCCUGUUUCAAUAAAAGGCUCAGAAGUGGCCCCUUCCAAGCAGAAAUCACCUCCUCUCCAUUGUUGGCAAGUCUGUGUUUUGUCUCUUAAGACAUUUUGCUGCGUCACUGAAUUGAAUUGAACCCAGACACCCCAGUUUCCAGCCACUUUCCGGUGCCUGCUUUGUGGGAUCCAGGUGUUCUUUUUAGGCUCAUUUUAUAUCAGAGCAUAGAAUCUUAUUAUUUUUACUCUGAGACCAGCUCAUGAUGUAAUCAUCUUAUAGCAGCAUAACAAAGCAAGAAAAAUAGAGACAAGACAAGAGAAAACCUAUUUUUGUAAUGGUGCUUAUUCGGAUCCUGUUGCGUCACCCAGGAAAGGGUAUGAAUGAUUUUUUAUUAAGAGCGUAAAAUGGUAUUUUGCUCCCCACGUGGCCCCUAGUAGUGAGUCACUAGCAGCGUCCCAUUACCAGGCUUAGUUCUCUCAUUAGCAGAGAAUUGCAUAGCCGUAGGUUCAAGGGCAUUGGGAGACUUCUUUUAUGUGAUUCACAGCCCUCUGCCUGCCCCUUCCCUCCGAGGAGGAGAGGACGAACCCUCCCAUGUCCUGGAGGGUGCAUGAAGAGGCAGGCAUCCUCCAGCCCAGGUUGGGAGGACAAAGAAGAGAAGGAAAGCCUUCUCCAAACUCGCAGCCCAUCUUGCUCACAGGUGUCACCACUGUGCUUGCUAUCACCUGCCUUGCAGGGCCCUUCGGGUCACCUUCACUGUUUCGCCUCUUGCCUCAAUGUCCGUCGGUGGGAUCUGGCCCUGAUGGACAGAGCUGUUGGUUCCCGAGGACUGGAGCACGAGGACCACACUGAUUCGCUCAGGGAGGGUUUCGCGCUGCAUCCGCCAGUACCUGAAGGCCGCACAGCAUCAGGACCUGCGACCCUUCUGGCCCCGUCCAUCUGUCCCUGGGUGCCAGUGAUGGGAGGGAGUUGGCCACCCUCCACUGCUGUGAUGGGCAGUUUGAGGACACCAAACAUUACACCUGUCCAACCUGGAGGCCAGCGAGGUUGCCCGGGGAAGCCCCUACAAGCUGGGAUGCUGGAGGAUGUUUGAGGCCGUCGGCCAAUGACAGCUCUGGCCGAUGAAGGUGGUGUGGGUGCAGUGAGGGGUGGGAGAAAGAUAAAUUAGCCGUUGUCGCAUCCUGAGACUGGAGGGGGCAGGGAAGAGUCCAUGCUGCUUUGGGAACUGAAUGCUUUCUGUUGGGGGGAGGCCCUGCUGGUUUGGGAGGGAUGAUAAGUCGAUGACUAGCUGCUACCCAGGAACAGUGGGCGGAGGAACCUGCCGGGAAAUGUGUGGAAUGAAUAAUUUUUUGAAGGAAGUACUUUGACCUUGGCUUAUUUGGACCAGAGAAAGCAGGCCGCCUCACUGGGGAAUCACUGCCCAUUCUCCGACAACCACUGAGAUCUUGUGCAAGCCCCUAUCUCAGGAGGACAAAGCUCUGAUUUGACUUCCCCUCCCGAAGGCCACCGGGGGAGCGGGGGACCACUUCAUGCUUGCAGCUCAAUUUCAAACAUGGACGCAAGCUGCUGUCUGCCGGCAGCUGAACAGACUUUCCCUGAUGAGGUCGACUUUUCUUCCCUCGAGAGACUUAGCACAGGCGCCUCCAGGGAAGGGAGAAAGGAUCAGACCCCUGAGUGUGCACAGAGGCCUGGGUGGGCAGCCCGGGUCUAAACUGAAUGCUCAGGGUGACGGCAACUGGCUACCUCCAGUGCCCUGGCCUCGUCCCGUGCAAUCCCAUGAGCUUUUGAGGUGGAUGCUACAAUUCUGUCUACUUUCUGUCUCUCUGAACUUAGCUAUUCUAGGUGCCUCAUAGAAGUAGAAUCAUACAGUAUUUGUCUUUUUGUGACUGGCUUAUUUCAUUUCGUAUAAUGUACUCAAGGUUCAUUUAUGCUGUAGCAGGUGUCAGGAUUGCCUUCCUUUUUGAGGUUGAACAAUUCCAUCAUUAUAUAGAUCACAUUUUGUUUAUCCAUCAUCCGUCGAUGGACACUUGGGCUGCUGUGAAUAGUGCUGCUAUGAACAUGAAUGGCAAAUAUCUGUUCGAGUCUCUA